AGAAGGGUAUGUCCUGGCAGCAGUUCCUACGCGGAGGUUUCAGCUCUGAGUCACACUGCGACUCUGGGAUUGACCUGAGCGAGAAGGGUGCCUUUUGGACCCUGUGGGCUUAGCUGGUAAUCUGCUUUGCCCUACUUCCUUCCUUUCUUGCAGAGGGAGACUGAUUCUCACUCCGUAGCCCUUCCCAUCACUCUCGGUUGCCGGAUCUACUACCUUAAAAACUCAAGAAAGGAGGAAACACAAAGGUCACCAAUCCGACCGGCUCACAGUGUCAAAUCCUACUUACCUGCCUGUUUUCCCUGACAGGGUUGCAACUUUCCACUACCAACAGUAUGUCCAGUUUGAACUGUGGUUGGAAAGCUGAUGCAGCCACCAGCUGGAUAGCUCUGGCCUGUGCACUACCUCCCCUGACUUUUCCUGUAAAGGGCCCCGGGGAGUAGCUCAGUAGGCAAGUGUAGUGGGGGAGCCUCUGGUCUCUGCAGCUCCUGCUCCUCUCUGAGCCAAUCAGAGGUGGCUCCCUCAAAGAAGAAGCCAGGAUGCGCCUAGUAAGGCACAAAGGCAAUUUUGCUUGUGGUAAUAAGGACGUGACAACAAAGAUAUCAACAACAACCCCCAAACAGCCCCCUAGAGAGGCAGAUCUGUAAGUGUAAGCAGAACUUCAGAAUUUGCUCUAGGGAAAGCGGAAAUGAUGUCAGCUUUAUGGGCUUGAACUCUAAGAUAACAACCCUUCCAUUGCCUCUACUGGAUGUCAUUUUGUUCUCUAUCUUGGAGCCAAAACAGACAGGAGGGAAUUUUGUUUGUUUGUUUGUUUCUGUUUCCUUUUGUUUUUCCUUCCACAAGGCACUUUAAAAAGGAGUGUCUGAGUCUUCCAGGUGUCCUCACAUGAGGAGAAAGGCCCUCUACAGUGAAGCAGAGGCAGUGUGGAGUUGGACAGCGCAGAAGCUUCUGAAAGUUCCAGAGGUCUCUGUUUGACACUGGCUCAAGCAUGGAAUUAGUAGGCAAAGCCCCUCCCCUCCCCCUCUGCUUAUCUGCAGGGGAGGGAUCAACUCUCAGCUGGCCAGGCCAGUGUCACUGAUACAGCUGGUGUCAUCGUUACCUUCCACUAACAGAUCACUCGACACCUACUGGCCCAGGCAGGGUUGGGUCUGAGUAGAGGUAAGGACCCUUAUUGUCCCAGAACCUCAGAUGAAGCCACUCAGCAAGGCAUGGCAGAAAUGCAAUGACCAGCAAGCAACCUAGGACUAGAUUGCUUCCUGCCUCCAGUUCCUCUCUCAGUGCCUCAGUUAUCGCUGCUUAGUUCUAUAUUGCUGUCCCAGCAAAGAUGCUAUAUAAGGAAAGGACACCUGGAGUGGCCCCAAAGUGAGGACCCAGAACAGAAGUUUGACUCAGGCAUCGGCCUGGAUUGGGAAAUCUACCUGGCCUUGCAGUUUUGACUGGCGGUGCUCCCGUGUGCAUCCCCUCCAGCAGCAUGCUGCAGCAGAUCCUGCAUGACAUGUACAUCGACCCGGAGCUUCUGGCUGAGCUCAGUGAUGUGCAAAAGCACAUCCUCUUCUACAAGAUGAGAGAGGAGCAGCUUCGGCGCUGGAGGGAGCGGGAGGCAUGGGACACCCUGGCCCAGGCAGAAGGCCUCAGGCCUGCAAAGGUCAAGCGAGGUAUGUGGUUUGGAGUCACCCAGGAGGUAAAACUGUUAAUGAGUUCAGCAAGCAACAAGCACAUCCAGUGGCUGUUGGGAGCAGAUGGCGAGGUCUGGGUGUGGGUCAUGGGUGAAGGCCCUGGCGACAAGCCCUAUGAGGAGAUCUCCGAGGAGCUGAUUGCAGAGAGAGCACGCCUGCAAGCACAGAGAGAGGCUGAGGAGCUCUGGAAACAGAAGGAAGCAGAGAUCACCAAGAAGUUCCGGGAUGCCUUGGCCAAUGAGAAAGCCCGGAUCCUGGCAGAGAGGUGGAAAGUGGAGAUGGAGGAUCGCAAGGCUGCCAAAGUCCUGGAGGAACGUAUACAUGAGGAAUUCAAGAGGAAAGAGGAAGAAGAGAGGAGGCGAGGAGAAGAACAGAUUCGCCUCCAGGAGGAGCAACGAGCCAAAGAACUCUACUGGACCCUGAAGCAGGCCCAGCUGCACUGCCAAGCCAGUGAGAAGGAGGAGCGCGAGUGGGAAGAGCAGUUGCGUAGAUCCAAGGCGGCUGAUGAAGAGAGGAGCCGUCGUGCCCAGCGAGCCCGGGAUGAGUACCGGCGCCACUCACUCCGAGCCAUCCAGAAGGGCACAGUCGCAGGCCUAAGCACCAUGUUUCAAGAACUUGGUCAGAACCAUGAGCAGGAGGCAAGACUCUGCCAUCAACUUCCAUGCACCAGUCAAUCAUCGCCCCUUACAGGAACUGACAGGACCUGGGAGCGUCCUCUGCGUCCACUCUCAAGAGAAGUCAUCGUGCGCUGGUUCAAGGAGGAACAGCUGCCUCGCCGAGCUGGCUUUGAGAGGAACACCAAGUCCAUCGCUCCCUGGUUUCAUGGAAUUAUUAGCCGAGAGAAUGCAGAAGACCUUUUGGAGAAUAUGACCGAGGGAGCAUUUCUGGUCCGGGUCAGUGAGAAGAUCUGGGGUUACACCCUGUCCUACCGCCUACAGAAAGGCUUCAAACACUUUCUUGUGGAUGCCUCUGGGGACUUCUACAGCUUUCUGGGAGUGGACCCUAAUCGCCAUGCCACCCUCACAGACCUCAUUGAUUUCCACAAGGAGGAAAUAAUCACUGUCUCCGGAGGAGAGCUGCUGCAGGAGCCCUGCGGACAGAGGGAUAGCCCACCAGAUUAUCACCUGCUGUUUGAAUGAUGGUUUUCCUCCUCUUUGGACUCCUUUGAGUAUCCCGAUUUUGAACUGAGCUUAAGAAUAUCCCAACUCAAAGCCUCAUGGUCCUCUAGAAGAUACAUCAUUCUUCAGAUGGUAGUAGGGAGUCUCCAGAAUGUGACCUACAAAAUGUGACUGCAUUUGUGAGACUGGCCCCAUUCCAAAGCUCAAGACAGAAACCCUAAAUAAUGGAUGCUCCCUGAGGCCUGUCUGUCAUGGCUGUUCUCAGCUGAACUCGUAGACUGAAUGGAUCAUGUUUCAUAAUGCAAAGCAAUCUAGUGCCGAACCUUACAAUUCAUAUAGAGUCAACACCCAAUAAGUAUUUGCUGAGUGAAUGCCAUUCUGAAAAAUCUCCCAAUACCAGUGUGUGAUGGUUUCUAGCAAAUUAUUUUCUCUACCACUUCAUAAAGUCACCGAGAUCACAAGCAGGCUUGUGACUAACUUACAUGGGAGACAUGGAUGUUGCAUCUUUCCUAGUGUUCAUGAGCUUGUUGAUACUAUCAUGAGAGAAUUACCUAAGGUUUCUAAGCUCAGCAUUCAGAAUAGGAGAUUGACUUUGGGCUGUCUUCCUUGAUAAAUCCCUUCUACCUUUUCUCAUAUCUCGGCUCCUGUUUUGCAGUAUCGUGGUAAUGGUUUCAUGUGAAUAUGCACAAGAUCUGGGAUAGAUUAUAAAUCCAAGGAUGGAUUUUAGGUACUUGAUGAGGUCUUUGCUGUCUAGGAUGCUCUCACUUAAAGACUUAGCUCUGUUUUCACUUUAAUUCUUCUGUCUCCUUAACCUGAAAAUGUUCUUCAUAUCAAUGAGAGUACACUCCCAAUAACUCAAUAACUCUCACGGAUGGUAUCUAAUUUGGGCACAAUCAUGUUGUCCCCUUACAGCCACAGGCAAGGAGAUAGCAGAUGUGACAGCAGAACUGCAGGCUCAGAAAUCUGCAAUGCUUGGGUGCUAAUGCAGCACCCUGCAACAUUUACUGAUACCAUAAUGCAUGGAGCACUGGGUUUGUGUUGCAGUUAAAGAAUAGAUGCACUCUGGAAAUACCAAGGAACUGUUGCGCCUGCUUUGAGAGCUGUGUCAGGCAUCUCUCAUUUUCCACCAUUCUCUCCCCGAUCUCUUGGCUCUUCCGUUUUGCUCCUCUUUGGCUACUUGUGCCAUCACCCACUUCCGUGGCUAUCGUUGUAGUCAGUUUCAAUGACUGAUUCUGCAUUUGCUCAUUCUCUGUGUUCUUCAGCCUCAUGUGUACAUCUGUUAAUGCCACACUUGGUAUUUAGGGGACCUUUAUUCAUUUAUCUUUUAAACAGUUUUUCUUUAUUCUUGAGAAUUUCAUGCAUCUAUGCAAUGAAAAAAUGAUAACAUUGACUGUCCCCUGCCCCAUCCUUCCCACCAUAUCACCCCAGUAUACUCCCAAUAUCAUGUAUUUAUAAAAUAUAACUCACAAAGUACAAUUAGUGAUGCCCAUAUGUGCAUGGGCAUGGCCUUUCAUUGCAUAGUGGAAAUCUUACUAGGGCCACGUCUUCAAAGAGGAGUGAUCGUCUUCCCUAGCAACUGUCAACUAUCAAUACUUCUUCAGUAAGGUCUAGGACCAGAAAGCGUCCUUUAUAGUUCCUUCUGUUAGAAUCUGGACAAGAUUUACAUGUAGCAUCUGGUAUUCUCUUAAGUCUCAGAUAACACCCUUCUCCCUUUAUUCGACCCCCUGAUUUGUUGUAUACUUUGGGCGGUUCUGCAAAAUAACCUGUGUUUUGUACUUGUCUUAUUGUGUCCUGCUGUUAUUUUUGUAUUGACUCUAUCUCAUAUUUCCUGACAUGAUGAGAUUAAGAUUGAAUUUUUGGGCAAGAAAGCAUUUUUAGUAUAUCGUAUCUUCAACAGUGGACUUAGAACAUCUCAAUCUAAUUACUCCAGUUGUUUGUCAUCACCCUUGUGUUUGUUUUUAUUUUUUGGGGGGGGGGGGCGGAUGCAUCAUGACCUAAAUUCACUCCUGAUUUGAACUCCUGAUUUUCCCGUCUCCACCUCCUAUGUGCUGGGAUUAUAAGUAUGUACCUCUAUGCUUGGGUCCCUUUUUAGCCCUGCCCCCUUUUAGUGGAAAAAAAAAAAGCUCAUCAUUUAUUUACUCCCUGUUGCUGCAGUGAGCUUUUGGUUCAUGCUCAUAUAGGUCAAGCGCAUCUUUUUUCUUCAUCCUCCUGGAGGAACUGUUCUGUGGUCUCUGAGGAGACAGUCAUGCAAUAUGGAGUAGCUAAGACACCCUUGUUGUCUCUCAUCCUCUGCCUCUUACCUCUCUGGGAUGUUCUUCUGGGAUGCCACCCCUGAGAUAAGUGGGUGUCUCACUUAGUUUUUACCUUUUGGGAACCCAAGUUAAGUACCUACCAUACAAAUACCUAUUUUUAUUUUUAUUUUUUUGUAGACUGAGUCAGGGUCUUACCAGGUAGCGGAAGAGGCUUGGAAAUUAUUAUGUAGCUCAGGUUUGGUCCCGAAUUCCUGAUCUUCCUGUGGUAGCCUCCUAUGUGCUGGGAUGGCACACGCGUGACUCCAUAACCAUCCUCAGUCUAUUAAGUAAUACCAGUUUUAGGUUAUUAAAGCUCCAUAGCUUCCCUCCAGUCAGCCUGCACCACUGUAUGAACAAAAUGAAAUGUUGGUGGAGGGAUCCUGCUUUCUGAAUCCUAUGGUAUUGCCAAACUAUAGCCAAGUUCUAUCUCAAUUAGGUUAUUCCUACUAGCACUCAGAAGACCCGCUUUUGUUCUGAUCUUGCUACUUACCAGCUAAGUAAACUUGUUUAGGUCACUGAAUCUCACUGACUCUUCUUGUAAGUGGGAGAAUCUUACUAAACCUCCAUAUAACUGGCAGAAUCUCACUAAACCUCCACAUAACUAACAGAAUCUCAGUAAACCUCAUAUAACUGGAAGGAUCUCCCUGAACCUCUGUAUAACUGUAUAACAACUGUAUAACUGUAUAACUGGGAUAAGGAAUUUUUGUGUGUGGUCAUUAUUAGUUUCUCCUGGCCAAUCAAGUACGUGAUAAAUAGGGUAUCUCUGUCCAGAUGAAAGACCUUGCUAUCCACAACUGCACAGAGGCAGCUUCCUGCCAGAGUAGUGCUGUGUCAGGGGAUUCCACGGAUGAGUUCCCCCACACUGGAAGAAAGUUCCCGCAGCAUCUUUGAAAGGAGUCCAGGAUGGCUUGAAAACCUGACGUCCUGGCUGUGGUUCCUGUCGACUGCUAAUUAAUAUGUGAGAGAUAACAGCUGAAUUUUCCAUCGCUAACCCAUGUAUUUCAUUUUAUUUGGGGCCUGCACUUUCUGCAUGUCUCAUAUAUUUUAGGUUUUACCUGGCUUUCAAAUAAAUUCCUUGUAAGUUGUCCUGCAAAUGAAAUUACUGUCUGGAAAACUGCAAUUUC